AUGGCCGGGUCCGACGACGCGCCGAGCGCCACCGAGGCCGCGCGCCGCGCGAAGCUCGAGCGCCUGCGCGGGAAGCGGCGGAGCUCCAAGUCCAAGGCCGGCGACCAGGCGUCGAGCUCGAGCCCCCCCGCGUCGGCCCCGACGUCGCCCGACGACCUCGGCGGCUUCCCCUCGUUCGACGCGGCCGCGCCGCCGGCCGAGGCGUCGGCGCCGACGAUGCGCGGCGUCGCGGAGGCGCCGCCGGACUUCGGGUCCGACGCCAAGGCCCUCGAGGACCGCUGGGGCACGGCCGCGUACCUCCUGCGGAACCCGAAGCUCCCCGACGCGGCCGCGCUCGCGCGGACGGCGCUCGCCGCGCGCGACCGGCGCGGGAACAGGGCGCGCGACGGCGCGGAGUACGUGAACCAGCUCAAGGUCCUCGCGAAGCGCAUGAACGUGCGCACGGGCAAGCUGAGCCAGAUGCUCCUCCCCUACGGCGAGGAGACGUCGACGCUCGAACAGGCCCACGCGUCGAACGCGAAGCUCGGGCUCCCCGCGGACGCGGCCGCGCGGCUCGCGGCGCUCGCGGCGGACACGCGCAAGCUCGUGCGCUGCAAGAUCGCCGACGACAACGACAUCGAGCAGAUGCUCGAGUGCUGCCGCGAGCUCACGGGCUUCUUCGACGCGCUCGACGCGUUCGCCGCGGCGAAGCGCGUCCCCGCGUUCGCCGUCUUCCGCCAGUUCGACGCGGGGCUGCGCCUCGACGGCUGCGGCUAUGUUCGAAGGCUCCGGGCCUUCCUUACCAAGAUCGACGGGCUCCUGCCGCCCGCGGUCUCCUACGCCAACUGCGUCGUCUACGUGAACAACAAGAAACCUGAGCGCGUCGCGGCCGCGGUCCUCGAGGCGUACGCGCGCCUGAGGGUCAAGGACGGCGGCUGCUGGACCGUCGUCGCCGGCGUCGCCGCCGUCGCGGGCGACGACGUCGAGGUGCUGAGCGUCGCGUCGGGCUGCAAGUGCGUCGGCGGGCCGGCGUCGCCGGCGCUCGUGCGCGACGGCCACGCGGAGGUGCUCGCC